AUGCCUCCUAAGAAAGUCGAGGAGCCAGAACGGAAGCCGCUGAUCGGGCGAGUGGGCACCAACCUAAAGAUCGGAAUCGUCGGGAUUCCCAACGUCGGAAAGUCUACGUUUUUCAACGUCCUCACAAAGACACGUCGCGUUCCAGUUCCUGAUGCGAGGUUCGAUUACCUGUGCGAGUACUACAAACCCGUCAGCAAAGUUCCAGCAUUUUUGAAUGUCGUCGACAUCGCUGGGCUUGUCAAAGGUGCUGCCGAAGGACAGGGAUUAGGAAAUGCUUUUCUAUCGCAUAUCAAUGCUUGUGAUGCGAUCUAUCAUUUAUGCCGAGCUUUUGAAGACGACGAUGUUACCCAUAUCGAAGGCGAAGUCAACCCCGUAAGAGAUCUUGAGAUAAUCUGCGAAGAGUUACGGCUCAAGGAUGUCGAAAUGCUCAAUGGUCAUCUGGAAAAGUUGGAAAAACUAGUCGUACGCGGUAAUGACAAGAAACUUAAGCCUGAAUAUGACACUCUUUUAAAAGUCAAAACAAUUUUGGUAGAAGAAAAACAACAAGUCAGGUUUGCUGAUUGGAGUCUUAAUGAUAUCGACGUGCUCAAUAAAUAUUUGUUUUUGACGUCGAAGCCCGUAAUUUACUUGGUGAAUCUCUCGGAAAAGGAUUAUAUUCACAAAAAUGACCCUGGUGCAACACUGAUACCCUUCAGCGGUGUUUUUGAGAACAAAGUAAUCGAUAUGGACGACGCUGAACGCGCAAAGUACUUUGAGGAAUCCAAAGUUACGAGCGCGCUUGAGAAAAUCAUUGUCCAGGGUUACAAAGCCUUGCAACUGCAAUAUUUCUUCACUGCUGGCCAUGAUGAAGUCAAAGCUUGGUCAAUCCAGAAAGGAACAAAAGCGCCUCAAGCUGCCGGUAGGAUCCACACGGACUUUGAAAAAGGUUUUAUCAUGGCUGAAGUCAUGAAGUUUGAGGACUUUAAAAAUGAAGGCUCCGAAGCUGCAGUCAAGGCAGCAGGAAAAUACAGACAGCAGGGUAGACAUUACGUCGUUGAUGAUGGUGAUAUCAUACUAUUUAAAUUUAACGCCGGCGCUGGACUGAAAGAUCCCAAGAAAAAAUGA